AUGAAUGUGCUAGCUUUCGAACCUGACGGUCGCCCGAUCGCAUUUCCCACUUGGCUUGACGAUCUACAGCUUUUCCUUUUGACUGAUGCCAAAGAUGGUGUCUCGCUUUUCGACUACGUUACUGGCACUGCCGCUGCUCCUGCUGACAGUGCUCCUGCUGUAGACCGCUCACAGUGGCUGACUCGCGAUGCUGCUGCGCGCCUUGCUAUCCGCAACCAUCUGCCGAUCGCUGAGCGCAUGCAUUUCACCACUGCCGCUGUAGGAGGCCUCAUCCUGCCCUACCUGUUCCCUGACCUGUCCUCCUUCCCCACUGCUGCGGACUUGAUUACUCACCUUCGCGAUAGUGAGGCCCGCUUUAACGCCGCUCUUACUGACGAGUUCCGAGCCAAGAACCCCCCUCCGCUCUACUUUACCCUCUACCUCCUCGUCACCCGCCUCCCUGACACCCUUAGCACAGUCAGGGACCACAUCCUCGCCAUGGACGCCCCCGAGAUCACCCUAGACGACUUCGAGCGGCAGCUUCUCGCAGCAGAGAAGAAUCUCCUAGCUGUCGGUGCCGCUCGAGGCACUCCCCGCACUCCCCUCUUUGAGGGGUGCUCCCCCUCCCCCCUCGCCCCCUCAUACGCCUCAGUUGCUACUCCCGUUGACCUUCCUGGUGCUGAGAAGGUCGCAGCUGCUUCCGCUCCUAGUGGGAAGCGCGGCGGGGGCCGGGGCGGCAAGGGGGGCAGGGGUGGCGGGGGUGGGGGUGGGGGGAGCGGUGGUGGGGGCGGUGGGGGUGGUGGAGGGGGUGGAGGUGGUCGUGGGGGUGGUGGAGGUGGCAGCGGCGGCAAGGGGGGAGGAGGCGGUGGUGGUGGGGGUGGUGGUGGCAGCGGGAGUGGGACCGGCCAGCAGCAGCAGCAGCGCCAGACCCCCUCCUCUCAGCAGCUUCAUGACUGGUAUGCUGGGCGUGGGGCGUCUGGGGGUUCUGGUCGCUGCCCCUAUGUCAUUCUCACUGGCCCUCGCAAGGGCCGCACGUGCAACGGCCUUCACCCUGAGUCCCGUUGCUUUGCGCGCCUCAGCGACGCCUGGCGCGCCAAGUUCCCUGAUGCCACUGAGUUCCCCAACUGGGCUGAUCUGCUUAGGCGUGAUGUCAAUGUCUAUGAUCUUGACUAUGAUGCAAUCCUUGCUGCCAUGUAUGCAUUGACUGUUAGUGCUGAGGGUGACUGCUACUUGUGCGUUCCGCCUGACCUAGGUUUAGAGACUGCAGCCCUAGGUGCUCGUGCGUCUGACCCCUCUGGUACUGCGUCCGCGCAGGCUUUGCACACGUUUACACUUGACUCUGGUGCUUCUCGCUGUUUCUUUCGCGACAGCACCGCAGUCACCCCCCUCCCUGCACCUGUUCCUGUCUCGCUGGCUGACCCCUCUGGGGGCCCAGUGCUUGCACGUGCCACGACUGUGCUUCCGUGCCCGGCGGUCCCGUCUGGUGAGCUGUCAGGUCUCCAUGUUCCCUCGUUCUCUACGAACUUGGUGAGCAACGCCGUCCUUCAGGAUCACUGGGUUGACACCUGGACUCCUGGAGGACAGCGUGUGGCGAUCUGUACCUGCUCCAAGACUGGCCGCCACCUGGCCACGUUCACCCGUGAGCCGGGGUCCAGUCUUUACACUCUCACCACUGUUUCACGCUACACUCCUUUGUCUCCACAGCUGUACGCGUCUGCUCAGCAAGGGGCAGGUCCCUGA